AUGGCCGUGGCUGUGGGGGGCUCACGUGUGGGUGCAGGGAAAAAGCUGAAAAAUUCGCUGAAGAAGAAGAAGAAGAUGAAAAUGGUAGCUAGGGCUCUAGCUUCGGAGUUGGAAGAUGAGGGCAAAGACGCUGCUGACAGUGGAGGUUCUGUAGGAAGUUGUGAAUCAGAAAAGGAUCACUUUUCUUCAGAUGAUGAAUCAGUGGGAGUUGACAAUGAAGAAGAAGUUGAACCCUGUGGCAAUGGAAAUGAACAUACAGCCGAAGCUAGAGUUGGAACUAACGUGGGCUGGGCGGAUGCCAUGGCUAAAAUUCUUAACAAGAAAACUCCUAAAAGUAAAUCUACUAUUCUGGUCAAAAACAGAGAGCUGGAAAAGGAAAAAGAAAAGUUAAAGCAAGUGAGACUAGAGAAGAGAAAACAGCUUGAUAAGAAGCGGGAAUGGAAAAUGAUGUGCAGAGUAAAGCCAGAUGUUGUCAAAGACAAAGAAACAGAGAGAAAUCUUCAGAGAAUUGCAACAAGCGGUGUGGUACAGUUAUUUAACGCCGUGCAGAAGCACCAAAAGAAUGUUGAUGAAAAGGUUAAAGAAGCUGGAAGUUCUAUUAGAAAACGUGCUAAGUUGAUAUUGACUGUUUCCAAGAAAGAUUUCAUCAGUGUUCUGAGAGGGAUGGAUACAAGUACAAAUGAGAAAAGUUUGACUGGAAAGAACUUGAAAGCCAAACAGACUGAAGUGAAAUCAGAAGAGGGCCCUGGAUGGACAAUCUUACGUGAUGAUUUCAUGAUGGGAGCAUCCAUGAAAGACUGGGACAAAGAGAGUGAUGACGCAGAUAACCAGUGAGCCAGGGUCUGGGAGCGACUUGGAUACAUAAGGCCGUAGAGGAAACACAGCAUACAGUCAUUGUAUUUUUCCUAGCGAAAUGCUCUGUGCUCUCAGAGUUACGUGGCUGUGAAGCUAUCAUUUGUAAGAAAGCCCAAAGACUUUUACUAUUACCAACUUGGGUGUUUUCUCUUUUCGUGAAAACUUUGUUAAAUUAAGUUUUUCAAACCUUGUAUGAUUUUAAGCAUUGUUUCUCAAACAGGUAAAAAGGAGUAUUUCUGCUUAACUAGCGAGAUGCACAUUUUGCCCAGAUACGUUUACGUAUUGGUCAUGGAUAUUGGUAUUUUGUUCCAGUAUCACAGUUUCUAGAAAUGCAGUGCUUUUCAUAAUUAAAAUGAACUC